AUGCAAAGCGCUGCUCCCAAAAUGGCGGCUUCCUUGAGGCCUGUGGCUGCUAGGCUUUCCUUGUGCGCCUCUUUGCAGGGUUCCGAGUGUUUAUUGAAUCCUGCUCGCUUGACUCGAUCUUCUCUUGUGAUCCCAGUGAGAACAAAAAGACGCCAUUUCAUUCCUCCUUCUGUCAGUGCAAAGUAUUCCACACCAGAAGAGCAGAGAAAGCAUGCCAGGGCUGCAGGGUUGGUGAUACCUCAUGAACCGAUGACACGACCUAUAAAUAUUACCUGCACAGCUGGCAUCUUCGACCCGUAUGUUCCUCCAGAAGGGGAUGCACGCGUGUCAUCUUUGUCAAAAGAAGGACUGAAACAAAGGGCAGAACAGGUCAAGCAGACUGCAGCUUCGCAGCUGGCAAUCCGAAAGAUCAAAGAUUAUGAUCCUGAUUUCAGCACCAAAACUUUUGCAGAAAAAGCCCAGGAUAUAUUCAUUGAAGCUCAUAAUAACUUGACAAACUUUAACAAACAGAAGCUGCAUUCUUUAGUGACUGAACGCUGUUACCCGGAAAUGGUACGAGGAAACAGAUACAAGACUAUCCGGUGGAGUUUUCUGGAGUCCUUGCAGCCCCCUCGGGUGGUUCAAGUGCGAUGCCCCACUAUGGUGAACAAAGACAAUCUGUAUGGACAAGUCACAGUUCGAAUGCACAGCCGACAGACUCUUGCUAUCUAUGACCGGUUUGGGAGGCUAAUGCAUGGUGGAGAGCAGGCACCAAAGGAUGUUCUGGAAUAUCUUGUUUUUGAGAGGCAUCUGGUUAAUCCAUAUGGUCAAUGGAGAUUACAUGGCAAGAUUGUUCCAGCUUGGGCACCUCCCAAAGAUCCCAUCAUCAAGACUAUUAUGAUUCCAGGACCAAAGCUGGACCCGUCACAAGAAUAUGAAGAACUCAGUCUUUCCCAGGGUGUAACAACUCCACAGGCACAGUGGUACAAAUAAUGCCAAGAGAACAGACCACAAGGGACAGAUUUUUUUUACAUUGGGCAUGGGAACUGCUGUUGAAUUGAGUGCUACCAGCCUUAAACGCCUUUCUGUUUUCAUGACUCUGUUCCAGUUGUCAUUCAUAGGCUUUUUCAUAUUCAAGUCUGUGAGGAUUAAGAAAAAAAGAAGUAACUCCAAGCUUCUAAAAAUGUAUGGGCCAUUUAGCAGAUUGCAGACCACCAGAAGUGCUCUACCUUUCCAGUUUGUGGGGUUUUCCUUGUAAGAUCAGUUGCUGCUGGUUUAUAUAUUGAUCAGUAAAGGAAUAGACCUGAAAGCACCAUUUUCAGUUCUUUAAAAGAGAAGGAUAAAAAAAUUGUUCCUCAAGGAGGUACAUCUAAUACCAGUGAGGCUGGAGUUGCUGGGUGAGGUUCUGUAGUGGUAAUGAGAAUUCUGCACAUGUUCUGAAAUAUCCAUUCUUUUCCAUGCUAUAUGGUUGAGACUUGACAGUGAAAACUGAACUUACAUAGCCUACAUCCUCCAGAGUUCUCACCAUCACCUAUAGCAACUAGAACUGGUAAGAAGAUGUAGGCUAUUAACGUCUGGAAGACCACAGUGGCCCUCACCUGCUUUAGAUAGAGGCCCUUAGUUUAUAGUGCAGUAUGAGUGAAAUAGCUGCUUGAGAUCCAGCAGUUUUCCUGUAGAGAAAUCCUUUCAUGUAGGGGAUAUUGUAAUUUUUCAUCAGGCAAUGAUGCAUUGCCAGUGGCUGCUAAAUCAUGGCUAUUCUGCCCCACACCCUCACCAUUACAGCCAAUGAGAUUUGAAAUGCUAGCUCAAAUAUCGUGGCUUAGGGACUCCUUUUGCAUAGUUUCCAUAACUGUCCUCCAUGUUUGUCUAUUGGAGGAAAAAUUAGUCCAUGGAAAUUAUGCAAACUGAACAGACUGCAGUUUCAUACAUUCAGUUUUCAGUGUUUAGCAUAGUUCAUCCUCUUAUUGCUUGUUAGAGGUGGGGCAAAGAAUUAUGUAUCAUGUUGCAGGUGCUGCCACCCGGAAAUCUGAUUUAGUAAUCUCUCUAGCUCAUUACAUAUACUGUAUGAGGGAAAGGGAAUAUGUUAUUGGGCUACAGUUCUCUGUACUAACCAGCAGUGAGGGAUUAUGGUAGCAUCAAUCCAGUAACAGCGGGGAGAGGGCAGUUGCUUACCUGAGGCCUAUAUAUUUAAAAAUAUUCAUGCAAUCAUCAGGCCUAAUGAUUUGCUUAAUUUAAUUGGUAAAGUUGAAAUUCUGUACUUAAUAUCACUUCGGAGUUUUUGUGGAAUCUUGUGGACGAGACAGCUACACACCUUUAAAGUCUUUACUUUGCAACAUGUCUCUGCUACAAACACAUUACAAGUUACUAAGCAGUC